CGGGCGCGCGCCGGGCCGGCCAGGGCGGCCAUGGCGACCAGGAAGGCGGGCUCGCGGCUGGAGACAGAGAUCGAACGCUGCCGCUCCGAGUGCCAGUGGGAGCGGAUCCCCGAGCUCGUCAAGCAGCUGUCGGCCAAGCUCAUCGCCAACGAUGAUAUGGCUGAACUUCUCCUAGGGGAGUCAAAGUUGGAGCAGCACUUGAAGGAGAAGCCCCUGCGGCAGGGAGCCAGUCCCCGGGGCCCCAGACCCCAGCUAACUGAAGUGCGCAAGCAUCUGACUGCUGCCCUGGACCGAGGAAACCUCAAGUCAGAAUUCCUACAAGAAUCCAAUCUGAUCAUGGCCAAGCUUAAUUAUGUGGAAGGAGACUAUAAGGAAGCCCUGAACAUCUAUGCCCGGGUGGGCCUUGAUGACUUGCCGCUGACAGCCGUGCCUCCCUACAGGCUGCGGAUGAUUGCUGAAGCCUAUGCUACCAAAGGACUUUGUCUAGAGAAGCUGCCUAUUUCGUCCUCUACCAGUAAUCUCCAUGUGGACCGGGAGCAGGAUGUCAACUGCUAUGAGAAAGCUGGGGACAUUGCACUCUUAUACCUUCAGGAGAUAGAAAGGGUAAUCCUAACUAAUAUUCAGAACAGAAGCCCUAAGCCUGGCCCUGCUCCCCACGAUCAAGAACUAGGUUUUUUCCUAGAAACAGGACUUCAGAGAGCCCAUGUCCUCUAUUUCAAAAAUGGGAACUUGACAAGAGGAGUCGGGAGAUUUAGGGAGCUUCUCAGAGCAGUGGAGACGAGAACAACACAGAACCUGCGAAUGACAAUAGCCAGGCAGCUGGCAGAAAUCUUGUUACGGGGCAUGUGUGAGCAGAGCUACUGGAACCCUCUAGAAGACCCUCCCUGCCAGUCACCUCUGGAUGACCCUCUCCGGAAAGGAGCCAACACCAAAACCUACACCCUCCCUCGCAGAGCCCGUGUCUACUCAGGAGAGAACAUUUUUUGUCCUCAAGAAAAUACUGAAGAGGCGCUGCUGUUACUGCUCAUUAGUGAAUCUAUGGCCAACAGAGAUGCUGUGCUGAGCAGGAUUCCGGAACACAAGAGUGAUCGCCUCAUCAGCCUGCAGAGCGCGUCCGUGGUCUAUGAUUUACUGACCAUUGCUCUUGGAAGAAGAGGCCAGUAUGAGAUGCUGUCAGAGUGCUUAGAAAGAGCCAUGAAGUUUGCCUUUGAGGAGUUCCACCUCUGGUACCAGUUUGCUCUGUCACUGAUGGCUGCUGGGAAGUCUGCCCGUGCUGUGAAGGUGCUGAAGGAAUGUAUCCGGCUAAAGCCAGAUGAUGCCACCAUCCCACUUCUGGCAGCCAAGCUUUGUGUGGGUUCCCUUCACUGGGUAAGUGGAGAGCUUCCCCGCUCCUCCACAGGGGCUCCAUCCCAGGACCAACUUCCAUGCUUCCAUGCCAAGCCUCACUCACCUUAGCGGAGUCAGUGGAUUUCCAGCAUGCUCC